AUGUUGGCCACGCCCCCCGCGCCAUCGCGCUCCGCCCACUCCCCGCCACCCAACCAAUCAGAGCGCGCCGGGUUGGUUGCUAGCGCCGCCCCCUCCCCCGGGGUUGCCAUAGCGACGGGAUGCGGACGGGGGGGAAGAAAGAGGAAGAGGAAGAGGCUGUGUGUGCAGGAGGGAGGAGGAAGCCUGGCUGGUGGCAGCAGGACCUCCCCUCUCCAUGGCUUUGCACCUCCCAAAAACCCCGAGGGCUCCAAGCUCCAGCUCAAGCUGAGCACCUGGACCCCCCUCAACCACCAGCUCAUCAACGACAAGGUAUUUGAAGAAAGAAGAGCCCUGCUUGGAAAAUGGUUUGACAAGUGGACAGAUGGCCAGAGGAGGAGGAUCCUGGUGGACCUGCUGGAACGUUGCUCCCUGUCCCAGCAGAAAUUCUGUGCCAAGCAGCUCCAGGCUCGAGUCCCCGUCGAGGCUGUCGAUUUUACCAUGAGGCUCCCUCGGGUCCUGUCCUUGUACAUCUUUUCCUUCCUGGACCCACGGAGCCUCUGUCGAUGUGCACAGGUGAGCUGGCACUGGAAGUACCUGUCAGAGCUGGACCAGCUGUGGAUGCUGAAGUGCCUGCGUUUCGGGUGGCUCAUCAACUUCUACCCCACGCCCUUCGAGCAGGGCGUCUGGAAACAGCACUACAUCGAGAUGGUGAGGGAGCUGCGCCUCACCAGGCCCAAGACUCCUUCCAAGGACGAGUUCGUAGUUAUCGAUGUGCAACCAGUAAAAAGCAACGUCCCAGAGAGGAAACUUCCCCUGGCAGCACAGAGGACAAGCAGAGGGAGAAAAGAGCUCCCUCCUUGGCGUUCAUCAGACAGGAACCCCACGGACACCAUCCGCUACAACUACCUGGACAACUACGACCCCAUCGAGCAGGCCAGGCAGGCGAGGAGGAAGGGAGGAGGGCACACCCCGGACCUGAGCAGGCAGGCGCUGAGAGGAAGAAGAGAGGAGGUCGUGGAUCCGCUCAGCUCCGCAAGCUGUCACUCCCUGCAGAGCUGGAGCCUGUCCCACAGCCUGUCCCACAGCCUGUCCCAGCCCGUCCCAGCUGGGCCUCCCCUCUCCGGAGCGAGGCCGAGGCGCUGGCGCAGAGCUCCCGCUGGAACGCCGGGAUCCGCCCGCGACCCGUCCGAGCUCCGAAACGGCGCCAGAGGGGACCCGGAGACGUCCCCAAGGGGGACACCAGGGCACCAUCACCUCCUCUGUUUGAGGCUCAGCCCUGGCCCAUUCCUUCAUCCAACCAAGGAUCUGACACAGAAUGAGGGAGGAUCCAGAGCAUCCUUCAUCCAAGAACAGAAAUUUAUCCACCUGGCGCUGGGGAAAUGACAGGAAAAUUCCUGCUGGGUUUGGGAUCUGAACUUAUUUUCCUGCAGCUGCUGCUACAUUCCCUUUUCCUUCUGGAUACAUCCAGAAUUUGUGGAAUUUUGACCAUGGAGAUGCUUCCUUAGAUGCUUGUCAGAGCUACUGGACCUCAUGGGAGUUGCCUGUGGAUUAUUUGGACAUCCUGGGGCACAUGCCAUGGAAAACCUGGCGACAGAAUUCCCUUCUCACAUUGAAGGAAAUCAAAUCUCACACUCUGGAUUUGCACAUGGAUCCAUCAGGAGCUGGAAUCUGCCAUUUAAGAGGUUGGGAAUCCCGUGCUCUCUCUCUUUCAUUGCAAUUUGGGAAAUUCCCAGAAAAUGUAACAAAGAGCAGUUUUUGAGGAUAAGGGGUGACUUUAAUUCAUCCCAGAGAGUUGGGACAAAACUGAACCUUCCCACAUUUUGGGAAAUCCUCAGCAUUCAUGGACAAAAAUCACAUUUCAGAGGAAAUCCCAACCACCCAAUCAUGGAAUCACAGAAUGAUUAAGGAUGGAACAGACCUUUUAGAUCAGCAAACCCAGCACCACACCCAUAUCCCUUACACCACAUCCACAGGAAUGGUGAUUGCAUUCAGUGGAAAUUAAGAUCCCAUUCUUUCCAUGAAGAAAUUGCUCCUAAAAUCCCAACCCAACCCUCCCCAUGUUCAACUCAAGGCUGUUUCAAUGUGGAUUAGGAGGAAAAUUCUGCUCUGUGAGCAGAUUAAUCCGUGUCACUUCAGGGUUUCGUGGAUUUUGGCAACACUGGGCACCAAAUCAUUGAUAUGACAGCUCAGUGCAGCUCCCUCUCCCAGAUUUUGGUUUUUUUUCCUGGUUUUCCUGGUGCUUGGAAGGAUGAGUUCAUCCCAACCAACAUAAAGGCCUAAAAACUGAUAAAUCUGAGCUGCCACCUCCCAAAAAUUGAGUCAGGAACUUGCAGAGGGAAUUAUCUCCUGUAUCUUCAGAUCUGUUAAUUGUGCAGCAGAACAGACUGAUGGAUUUUGAUUAAGAAGUGAAAUGUUGAGAAUUCAAAGUGAGGUGGAGCAAACCAAAACAUUCAGUCCCUGGAAUUGCAGAUCUCUCCUCACCAGCCUUUUUUUUUUUUUUUUUUUAAACAAGUUAAACAAUUGCCCCAUGGAUGCUUCCUUGGCUUUCUAAAUCCAAGGUUUUUUGGUUUUUUUUUUUUGUUUUGUUUGGUUUCCAUUAGGCAACAGUAAAUUAUGUCAGUGGUUUGUCUUUUCCCAUCAAUAUUCCUCGGAAUUUUACAAUUCCCAGGAUCUGAGUGGUCUUGGAGGGAGUCUGGGACAGACUCUGUGCCUUUGCUACAUCUUAAGUGCUCACUGAACAUUUUAAAGCUUAAACCUUCUCUGAUUUAUAAUAAUUUUUUUUGUAUUUAUGAUGCUGUAAAAUAAUAACAGAAAUGUCCAGGAA